AUGGCAACCCUUGAGAAGCUUCCGACGCGGAGACUGGGCAAGAACGGCCCCGAGAUCACGGCCAUCGGCUUCGGGCUGAUGGGGCUGGGCACAGCGUAUGGUUCCGUUGGGUCGGACGAGGACCGGCUCAAGAUGCUCGACCGCGCGUGGGAGCUGGGCUGCACCAAUUGGGACUCGGCCAACAUUGGUUUUGCCCUGCAUCCAAAUCGCCGCGCCGACAUCUUCCUGGCCACCAAAUUUGGCCUGGGUCUCGGCGUCCGCGACGACGGCAGCCGCGGCCUGGUCAUCGACAGCUCGCCCGAACACUGCCGGCAGCAGUGCGAGAAGAGUCUGCAGCGGCUGGGCGUGAGCUACAUCGACCUGUACUACAUCCACCGCGUCGACGGCAAGACGCCCAUUGAGAAGACGAUGGAGGAGCUGGCCAAGUUGAAGGCGGAAGGCAACAUAAAGCACAUUGGCAUCUCGGCCUGCUCGGCCGCCACACUCCGCCGCGCAUGCGCCGUUGCCCAAGUCGACGCCUACCAGGUCGAGUACUCUUUCUGGGCACUCGACAUCGAGGGCCGCGAGAGCAACCACGUGCUGCAAGCCUGCCGCGAGCUGAGCGUCACCGUAUUUGCGUAUGCCCCGUUGGGCUGUGGCAUCAUGACGGGUCAGAUCCGGUUGCCGGACGACUUUGAACCAGGGGAUCUGCGGCGGCUGUUCCCGCGGUCCAGCAAGGAGAAUUUUCCUAAGAACUUGGUGCUGGUCGACCGGUUCAAGCAGAUGGCGGCCAGGAAGGGGUACCUGCAGGAGAACGUCGGCGCAGUGCAUGUCCGGGUCACGCCCGAGGAGGAGCGGGAGAUCAGGGGCUGGAUAGACGACGUUGGCAUUGCGGGCAUUCGGGUCCCUCCGGGUCUGCUCGACGAGUUGAAUGACACGCCUCCAUUGUAG